AUGCAAAUGUUUCGACAUUCAUCUGCGGAUAUGUGGAGAGCGAAGAAACCGACAUUGGAGAGAAGAUCAACGGAUGGAAGAAGAAGUUCAGUUGUUGAUUGGAUCAAUGGUUUAUCAGAUAAUAACAACUAUAAAACUGAUACUUGGGUUGAAAAACAUGAUGAAGGGUGUGAACGAAUGACAAGAAACGGAAGUGUGUGUGCUGUUGAAGAAUCAGAACCAGAUAUGCCCACGCAGCACAAAGAAGUUUUGCUGACGAAACUCAAAAUUGAGAUCAAAAACAUUAUGGCAGAGCAUGGAGCAAAGAAGUAUUUAAAUUUGAACUCUCCCUAUGUAACUUCUCUAUGUGUUGCUGUCGACGCGUGUCUCAUGGAUGGACUUCGACGACGUCUUCUCACACUUUUCAAUAGUCCUUCUUCAAUGUCUCUUCUUCAAAUUAUCGCCAAAUCAAACGGGUCAGCACAGCAGGUUUUAGAUCAAACGAAAACGAUUGAAGAGCAUCAUACGAGUGUUAUUCCGAUGCAUUUAAUAUGGAUUCGUGAGGCAUUGUAUAUGAAAUCAUUGUCAACUAUUAUCAAUCAUUUCAUUGAUUCAAAGAGUGUUCGCCGGUACUACGAUAGCAAUGCACUUCUAAUGGAUCCUGUUAAAGGACGACUAGUGGCUACACUUUUAUUGGCUCCGUGUAUGGUAACAUAUCGAAGAAUGAGCAGCCGAAAUGAUCAAGAAGCGACUGCUGAAGAGCUUGUUGAAGGAGCCGUUCGCGUGAGAAACGGGGAAAAUUCUGGAUCGACGUCUGGUGUCGGAUCAAGACCUCCACUUUCUAUAACCCGUCAAGUAUCAAGUAUAGCUGCAUCUGUAGAAAGAAAUGGAUCAGUGAGUCGUGACUACGUAUUCUCAUUGCAUCACAGCUGCAAAUCAACUCUGCUUUAUGGAAAGAAUAAUGUUUGUGUUGCAAUGAAUGGAAAUGAUUUUGCAAAGGGAUACAUGUCACUUCAAAAGUUUUACGAUGGAAAUCUUUCUUUGAAAUGGGUGCCUAAUCAGCUUAUGCAUGCAAGUUCUCAGCCCUCUUCAGGUCACUCAAACAAUGGAGAAUUCACUAAUAUUUGGAAGAAUACAAUCAAUAUUGAAAUGCAAGAUAUCAUAUACAUUCAUCUUCAUCAAAAAGAUGAAUCAUCUCCCACAUGUCUCACUUUUGUUAAUUGUGAAGGAGUUCAAUCAGCUCCGUUCCAAUUACCAGCUGGACAACAUUCAAUUGCAUUUCUAUCUUCUCUUGAGACUGGUUUAGCUCCCCUUUUACGACUUGAUCCUCCAUUGUGGACUGGUUCGACGAAAGAGAAAAUUCUACCUCGUCUUCGAAAGAGAUCGACUGCGGUUGCUAAUCCAGCUAUGCUUGAUUACGUUUUCCGGUUGGUGAGAACUUCUGGAAUUGAACCGGCACCAGAAGACAUUGAAGAUCCGCUGGCUCCGUCGCCUAUUCCACCGAUGCAUGAUAAUUGUGUUUCCCUUCCGAAUUCUCCAUAUAUUGUGGACAAUGUGGACAGUAUUGUCAACUUCCAAAUCGGAAAGGCUUGUCAAUCAAUGAGAAAUCAAAUAAUGGCACGUGCAUUCUACGGAUGGUUAACAUAUGUUCGUCAUUUGAGGACUAUUCGAACCCAUUUAUUGCAUUUGGUUGACACGAAAACAUUGAUUUGUGAUGAUGACUGUGAUCCAGUUGAUGAGAAAUUUUGGAAACAAUGUAGAGCGGAACCUACAAAAGAAAACGAAGAAGAAUUCUUGAAAAGGGUGUACUGGAGAGGGAUUGAAGGGGUGAAUUCGAAAGAAAUUCGAAGAAUGGCAUGGCCUUAUCUUCUUGGAUUAUUCGAAUGGGCUGAAUAUCCGGAAGGAAGAUUGGAACAAUUCACAAAACGAUAUUGGGAAGAUAUUGAGGAAUGGAGAGUUCUGGAAGCAGAAGUCAGAAGACGUGACGAAGAAGCAUUCAGAGCAGCGAGAGCAAGAAAAGCCGCCUCUCCAGUGAGAGAGGAAUCGUGUGAAGUUUUUGAAGAUCCGAAUGAACCAACAUGCUCUCAGCACUACGAUCGAGAGAACCUGAUUUCUUUAUUUCGAGCAAAUCUUCACAGAAUAGACAAAGAUGUUGAAAGAUGUGACAGGAAUCUGAUGUUCUUCUCGAAUAAAGAUAAUCUAGAGAGCUUGAGAAGAGUAAUGUACACGUAUGUUCGACGUAAUUUAGAAGAAGGAUACACCCAAGGAAUGUGUGAUCUUUUGGCACCUCUUCUUGUCACUUUUGAAGAUGGUCAGCUCAAUUAUACUUACAACAGAAAGUGCAUUAAUUUGAUUUCAGAAGCAUUGACUCUUGAAUGUUUCUCAAUUCUAAUGAUUCGUCAACGCGGAAAGUUCCCACAGAGACCGGGAAUGUCCAAAUGUUUACUUAAUUUAAGAUCUUUGAUUCAGGUCGUGGACCCUCAGAUAUAUGCAUUGAUAGCUGAUAUUGAUUACGCUCAAGCACUUUCAUUUGCCUUCCGAUGGUUUUUAUUGGAUUUCAAGAGAGAAUUAUCCUACGAAUGUACUUAUAAAGUAUGGGAAGUCAUAUGGGCGGCCCAACGUCUUCGUAUUUCCAAUGAUUUUUCCAUUUUCUUUGGUCUCGCCACAAUCACAAACUAUCAUGAUGUUCUUAUAACAAACAAUUUUGAUUAUACUGAUAUGAUCAAAUUCUUCAAUGAAAUGGCAGAAAGGCAUGAUUGUUCACGUCUUCUCUCUUCUGCUCGGACUCAUGUUAAAUGUUUGCAGAACCUUGUGCAACAUCUCAAAUAG